CCAGAUGAGCUAGUCCUUCUGAUAAAAAUCUGCUCUCUCCCAGAGAGCCCACUGAUUCUCUUGAAAAAGCCUGCUAGACAAGAGUUGUACCUGAAAGAGGUCCAUCACCAGUAUCGCACCUCUUUAGGCACCACCCACCAAGUGCAAACAAAAUCACAACAUGGAGGGAGUGAGGCCCAGCAGCACCAGCGCUGACCUCGGGCCCACUCCUGCCAAGCACCCUCGCCUCCAACUACAGCAGCCUGCUCAGUGGGACCUGGAACGGCCUAUCCAGCCCUCGACCUGGCAAGGACAGGCUGAGAUCUCGCCCACCAGCCCGCUUGGGUCAACUCUCCUGGACAUGCGCUGGGAACUCAUACACAGCCAGACGGGAUCCUUCAGUUCUUCAGUAAGAGACAGCAAGGGCUUGGAAUACGCCUCUCCCUCAGGGAUGCCGUGGAUGAACGCUCCAGAUGGCCUGGACCCAGGCCUUCAUCUCUCAUCUUCUUCACUAGGUGGUCAAGUCCCAGAUGGCUGGAGUCCUUCAGCCUCUCCUGCUGCUGAGAGUUAUGCUCUGUGGUCCACCUGGAAUCUCAAAGGCAGCAUGCUGAAGCCUCUUCCAGACUCGCCUCUGCAGCCUCUCCCUCCAUCUCCUCCUCCUAGUCACCAAGAACAGUGCCCUCUGAGUCCUGUGAGACCUACUUGCCCUCCAUGCAAGGCCAGGAGGCGCCUCCUCUUCUAGGAAAAAUGGACAGCUCCAGCAACACACACCAACAUGAACAAUUAAUUACCCGGACUCCCAGACCUCCUGUGGACACCCAACAACCUAAUGUUGAGCCUGUGUGCACACAGUGCUUUCUGCUGCACACUAGAGACAGGAGAUAAAGUCUUCAAGAAGUGUGGAGACACUACAUCAUAGCUUGGAAGUUUAAAAAAAAAAAUCUGCCUUUGACAACCAGAAGAUGGAUUGACAAACUUGGAGCUUUAUCUCAAAACCUUCCAUUUCCCCAUCCUUGGUGGUUCCCGGUAAGAAACCUGACAGCUCUACUGUUUCUCCCAAAGCAAGAAACCACUGGGUUUGCUCUGCUGCCAGUGUCUGUCCUUACUGUUUUUCCGUGGCUGAAUAAAGACUUAUCCAGGUUGGUUCAAGCUGCUCUCCUCAGAAACUGACAAUACCAUAGGAGGAGAAGAUGGUUCCAGCCCUGAAUGGAUGAUGUCUUCCCUUCUUCUCAUCCAUCCCUCUGCCUGCUGGAGUGGUCUUCACCUGUCAGUCUCCUCAGAGGGAGACUUGAUGCAGAUUGUCACCAGCUGUGUUCAGUAUUCACUGGAUGGAUCGCUCUUUUCGACUUUAGCAUUAGAUUCAUGGAAAGUGUUUGGGGUUAGUGUUCUUCCAAAUUGUUUUAUAUUUUUAACUUAGUAAAAUUUUUUUAUCUCCAGUAAACUUGUAUGAAAUGUUCAGUCAUUGUUGAAUUUGCCUCAUCGUGUAUGGAAAUAAAAUAU